UGGCAGUGAUUUCUCCACACACUUCACCUCAGUCACCGCGUUGCCGGCUACGCGCAACAGGCCAUCUGCUCAUUUUAAGGGAAUAAAAGAGCUGCACUUUAUUUUAAUCCAAAAGGAAAUGGAGCUGAACAAUGCUAGACGUGCAUCCUCUGCAGGCUACCGGUUACCGGAGAGAUCCAACGGGACCCGACCGAGAACAACCCAGGCUCCGGCUGCUAAAAUGCGCUACACACAAGGGGAACCGGUGCCUGUGGCGCACAACUCAGACAGAGAUGACCCCGUUAAACAGGAUCAGAUCUGGAGAGAGCUGGUAUGGAACGAGAGGAGAAGAGUCCAGGAAUGGGAGAAGAACUGGAACUUUCUCAGGAACUAUGAUCAACUGGGACAGUGGAGGUCAGAGGAGCCUUUACCCAGCUAUGUGUCACUGUUCUCUGAUCGUAUCCCCAACACAUCCAACCAAAUGUUGGGCAGCAGAUUGUCCACUUCUCUGGGGAAUGAACUGGUUAGACUGGACAGAUUGUUGCUUUGGUCUGACAGCCACCGCAAGCGAAAACAGGAUCCAGAAAUGCUGCCCUGUUAGACCUCUGGAAGCAAUUCACCUGACAUCUGAAACUCUGCACAUCAGAUCUUUUUCCCUUUGCUUUUUGGACACUUUAGAUGGAAAAUCGGAAACUCAUGGGGGUGUGGGUUUGACUAGGUGUGGCACUUUCUGCAGUUCAGCUUCAUCUUUCAUAUUUUGUGGCUAUUUUGGUGGUUUUACAUUCAGAAUAACAGCUAAUUCUGAGGGCAUUUACUCACUGAUGACGACAAGUAAGCAUUAAGACAGAGGCAUAUCAGAUUCAUGUCAUCUGAGCUUAAUUCUCAGAUACUUGAUAAUCUAACUAGACACCUGAUCAUUUGGAUGAAUGAAACAUUGGGUCACAAAUAGCCUACAUUUGUGUCUGUUUAAGGAACCCAUUCAAGCAACAAAUGGAAAAAGGAAAAAUGUAGAGUGUAAAUAAAAGGAGAGGAAAAGAUGGCUGUAGAUACUUGAACUCAUUCCCUUUAGUUUGAAGGAGGUUAUAAGAAAAUAACUUAGAGCAUGGAAAUCUUAUAGUUGUACAUGUUGCCUUUCUAAAAUGGUUUCCUUUAAAAUAUUAAAACUCUUGCAGCAUUUUUUCCUAGGAUGUGUAAGCCAUAUGUCAAAGGGGAAGCUAUUAGAAUCAUAUUUGUUUAGUUUUUACAGUUUGAUGAUGAUGUUUAUACGCACGUGCACUUAAGGAAACAUAUCUCAGGUUUCUGUGUUGUGUUGUAUUGCAGCUGCCUUAGAAUGGCCUUUCGUAUGUGUUGUCAUUCUAUGAUAUUGUUCUUCGCUGUCCUUCUGUCUAAAUUUGAUAUUUGC